CUUUACUUUAGUAAUUCUGGCUAUGUAAGGAAGUUUUUUGACUUGUAUUACAUCACGUCUAGAUCAGGGGAAUCAAAGAGGGCAGAAAAAGGAGGAGCUCUACUAGGCUGCGGAAAAAAGCUGGAGAGGGGGAGAUACAAAGGCAAAUCAAAGCUCAGGAAAGGAGAAAUGUAUCUGCACUGCACUGCAUUGCAUUACAUGGAGUAAAAGCAAAAGCAACCAAAUCUCACAUACAACACCCAGCAAGCAGAACAAGGCUCUCGUUUUCUCCUAAACCCAGAGUAAAGACGAUGCCUGAUGAUCCAUCCAGAAGCAGCAGUGUAGUUUGAUCAGAUUGUACACCCAUAUAUGCCGGAGGAGCAGCAAAACACAAUGGAGGGGAAGGCGAGGAGACAUGCCAGCCCAGCAGGGAUGCGUACCAGGCCCGUCAGGGUGGAGCCGGAGCCUCCACCGACCAUGAAGCAUGAGGUAGGGACGACAAGGGUGGCAGUGGUGUACUACCUGUGCUGCAACCACCAGCUGGAGCAUCCACACUUCAUGGAGGUGCCCCUCGCCUCCCCGCAAGGUCUCUACCUGCGAGAUGUGAUUAGCCGACUGGACACCCUGAGAGGGAAGGGCAUGGCAGCCAAGUAUUCCUGGUCCUGCAAAAGGAGAUACAAGAAUGGGUUUGUGUGGCACGAUCUGUCUGAGGGUGAUCUGCUUCUGCCCGCACAAGGCACCGAGUAUGUCCUCAAGGGCUCCGAGCUCCAACUCGACCAGUCAAAGUCACCGCUGCCACUAGUACCAGGCCAUCAGCAGAAUAGUAGUAUAAGCGAUGGAAAGGUUCUGCUCCACAAGGCAACUCGACAACAACAGUCACCUCUUUCCCAUCGAUUGAAUCAAGGGUGGCCUUCUAUGUCUCCAUGCCCUGAUCCUGCUGUUUCAAUCAUCAAAGAGGCAGUACCACCUUCCGCUGUUAUUGUUUCAGCCAUAGAAAAGGCAGCUGUCCAGCCAACAUUGCUGUCAUCACCAUCUUCUUCCACCAUCGGUUACGACGAGCGAUGCAGGAUGCCACAUUCAGGUUCCUCAAGCAACUCGUCCCCCAAGACAAGCACACAUUCCUCCGGUGCAAGCUCACCCGGCAUCAACAAUCCUGCGGUAGCGCACGACAUGGCCACACAAACAGACGACAAAGCCAGAGGGAACAAUACAACACUCCAACAGAGACAGGAUGCAGCAGGCAUGACCCCGGAAAGGCCAGAAAUUGCUGUCGAGUCCCAUCACAGGCAUCCACCUGCAGGAGAGCGCCGUUCCAGUAGGAGUAGCACAUUGCAGUCACUUAUAAGGGCAGAAGCGGCUGGCAGGAGGAGAGGUCUACUGGAGGAGGAUGAAAGGACUGCUACAACGGGCUCUGUCAGCGGCAGGCUGAAGCCAGCCAACUUGCUCAUGCGCCUCAUGGCCUGCGGACCGAACAACCCUGGCUUCGGCCUUGUUCGGACAUCAUACAAGCCACAGUUGACGCAGCUCGAGUACCCAUCGGCGUCUCCAGAACUGUCCCCUCUUGGUGUGCUGAAGCCUGGGACUAGUAGCGCGUCCACCGCCAGAGCUUCAGAAACAGAGAACUGCACCGGUAGCCUAGUUGGCGGUGUUGCAGGCAGGCUUGAACGCUCUUCUUCAUCUCGCGGUCACCAGGAUGGAGUUUGCGAGGAAGCACGCUUGUCGAAAGGGGACUUGGGUAGCCCGUCCAGGAGCACGAGCAAAAGGAUGGGCGACCCGUCAUCGUCGGGCAGUGUGGUUCCAUGAUGAAAAGGAGAAGAUGGCCGAGAUGGAAGAAAGGUGGUACAGCGGCUUUCUUCAGGAGCUUGGGUCAUCAUCCACAAGUUAACUGCUCGAACAAACUCAGUUGUUUCGGUGUCAAUGCAACGAAAUAGGGUGCUGUGUGAAGGAGAUAAUAAGUGACCAGAAAGUAUAUUGCUGUACUAGUAAUUUCUUCUCAGAACAAUAAUAAUGACAAUGUUUGUAGUACCAACUACUCUACUAACUUUGCUUUGGGAGGAAGUAACUAUCGU